GGAAUGGUAUUUGAUUGAGCGAAUUCCACGUCUAAUAAAUCUCCCGUCAGGUUGACAAUCAAGAACUCCUUUUCCUUUCUAUAAAUAUAAUAAAAAUGAUUUUUAUAUUUAUGCUCCGGCCGGGUAGAUCCGCUUGAAGGAUGGGAGGUUGUGAGUAAACAUGGCGUCAUCGGCAACAGCUGCUGCUGCUAACCCAAUGAAUAAGAUCGAGAGAGCGCACCAGAUGUACAGAGAGGGGAGGUACGAGGAAGCACUGGAGUUCUAUACAGAAGCGCUUUCUCUGGCCAAGACUAAAUCACAAAAGAUCGCCCUCCACAGCAAUCGAGCCGCUUGUUUCCUUAAACUUCUCCUUUUCAACAAGGCAGCAGAUGAAUGUACCUCAGUUCUUGAGCUUGAUCACAAACACACGGGAGCGUUGAUGUUACGUGCUCAAACCUUAGUCACUCUCAAGGAAUAUCACUCAGCACUUUUUGAUGUUAACAGGCUCAUUGAAUUGAAUCCAUCAUCAGAAGUAUAUCAGAACCUUCAUGCUCGCUUAAAGACACAGCUGGAAGUCGCUUGCUCCAAUACCUGAAGCUGAGGCAGAAGAGCUUGAGGAAGAAGAUGAAGAGGACGGUGAUGAUGAAAACAACGCUAAACUAAAAGAUGAUGGAGGGCAUAGUAAUAACAAUGAAUGCAACAUGAAUGGUGAUAUUGGAAAAGAAAUGGUAGAUACUCCCACAGACAAAGUUACCUCUCAUUUUGGGAAAUCAGUUGAACAACGUGCAGGAUGGCAAGCUAUCCCACAGCCAAAAGGACACUCACGCCUUGACUACUCUCGAUGGGACAGGGUUGAAGAAGAGUCCAGUGAAGAUGACGAUGAUGAAGAUGAUGAUGAAUCAGAUGAACCUAAUCCUCAAUAUAGGUUUAGAGUUAAAACAGUUGGCGUUCGAGCUGUUAAAUGAGAAAAUAAAAAUGAUUCGCAUGCUAGUUACCAUUAUUCAUUUUUUUCAAUGACCUUUUGCAUAAUCCAUCCAUUUAAUU